AUGGCUACUGACAAGAUCACCUUCCUCACCAACUGGCAUGCUACGCCGUACCACGCCCCCCUGUACCUCGCUCAGGCCAAGGGUUACUUCAAGGAUGAGGGCCUCAAGGUUGCUCUCCUUGAGCCCAACGACCCCUCCGAUGUCACUGAGAUCAUCGGUAGCGGCAAGGUCGACAUGGGCUUCAAGGCUAUGAUUCACACUCUUGCUGCUAAAGCCCGUGACUUCCCCGUUACCUCGAUCGGUUCGUUGCUCGAUGAGCCUUUCACCGGUAUCGUCUACCUCAAGAACAGCGGAAUCACCGAGGACUUCCGCUCCUUGAAGGGUAAGAAGAUCGGAUACGUUGGCGAGUUCGGAAAGAUCCAAAUCGACGAACUCACCAAGCACUACGGCAUGACCACCGAUGACUACACCGCCGUCCGCUGCGGCAUGAACGUCACCAAGGCCAUCAUUCGCGGCGACAUCGACGCGGGCAUCGGUCUCGAAAACGUGCAAAUGGUCGAACUCGCCGAGUGGCUCGCCACCCAGAACCGCCCCCGCGACGACGUCCAGAUGCUCCGUAUUGAUGAGCUCGCCGAACUCGGCUGCUGCUGCUUCUGCACAAUCCUCUACAUCGCCAACGACGCCUUCCUCGCCGCAAACCCCGAGAAGGUCCGCAAGUUCCUGGCCGCCGUCAAGCGCGCUACGGACUAUGUUCUUGCGGAACCGCUCAAGGCGUAUGAGGAAUACAUCGAUGUCAAGCCCAUCAUGGGCACUCCUGUUAACAGGAAGAUUUUCGAGCGGUCGUUCGCGUACUUCAGCCGGGACAUGAAAAACGUCAACCGUGACUGGAACAAGGUCACCAACUACGGCAAGCGUCUGGGCAUCUUGGAUCCUAGCUUCGUGGGUAACUACACCAAUGAGUACUUGGGUUGGGCUUUGGAGCCUGACUCGGUUGACCCGUGUGGUGACCAGAAGCGCAUGGUUACGUUGCAGAAGAAGGUUGCUGCUGAGGGUGGGUUCCAGCGGUUGGAGGUUACCGCUUAA